AUGGAAUUCAAAAGCUUCGAUAUUCGAAAGGAGUCUUUAGACUAUCAAGAAUGGCCUGAGAAGGUAAGAAAUUUCCUGUUGCCGCAAUAUCGCGUUCUCAGUGCAGCGAAGCUCGGUCGGAAGGUUCGGAUCAAAGGGCACGCUAAAGCUCGGCAAGGUGCAAGAAUUGGAGACAGAGCUUUCAUAGCCGACGAUGCUCACGUACUUAGAGGAGUACAUGUAGGUAGAGGGGUCACCUUACAAGAAGGUGAAGUGGACGAGAAGAAUAUUCCUGGUGUUCGGGGUAGACGUUAG